AUGCCUCUCUAUGCUGACAACUAUUACUGCCACCAGUUCCAACCCAACACCUUUGACCCCUUCUGCUGUGGUUCCUGCCUACGCCCGGGACACAUGCACGUGAACACUACCUCACAGGUGUGCCAGGACAACCAUCACUUCCUGUCUGAGGUGGCCAGCUACAGUGAUGUCACCAGGAGCGUCUGGACCUAUCAGGAGAGCCUAACUCACACUCCUAGCCCUGACUGGGAACUCAAUAUCUGUGACUCUGACACGGUACACAGCAGUCAGGAGGACCAGUGGGACUUCCUGCCAGACCCAGGGAGGAGUGGCUCUAGCAACCCAGCAGGGUGCUGUGUGACUGGGCCAGAGAUGACCCGGGUGGACCCGUCUCCCCACAGGCCACCACACAGCUCCCUGAUGGAGGAGAAGAGAGGCCGGGAGAGGUUCAGGCGACCCUCAGGAUCAAGAGGAGAGAGUGGCUACUUCUCUCCAGACAGGAAAGCCUUAUUUGACGGUGGUCCCCAGGCUCAGGUGGAGGGUGUAUCCAAACGACCUUACCGGCACUAUGAGAGGGGCCAUCCGCUCCCCAGCAACCACAGCCCAGAACCCAAAGCCUCCAUCCCCUACCGGAACGUGAAUCUCGGAAUUCCAUCCCAAAGGAGAAGCGAUGAAACGUUCCAGCAGGAGACCUGGAGGAGCGAGUCUCCGCAGAGGUACACCUAUCAUUCCAACUUCAGACGUGGUGGCACUGAUUCUCAAGACCAGUCUCCUAGCCCUCGCUCCCCAUGCCCAAAUUGGUAUAAACUGGCUGACUCUCGAUCUGCGUCCUCCCAACGUAGAAGCUCCCAUUCCAAAAGUCACACUCCUUCUCACGCUCCGUCUCACGCUCCAUCUCGCUCCUCGUCUCGCCAUCAGUCAGGACGGUCCAGUCCCUCUCACAGACGAGGGUCUGUCAUGUCUCGCCACCCCUCCCCGUCCCGAAACACGGCCUCCUACAAACACACUGACUCCUCCCCUGUAAGUAAUGGUAAAACAGAGCAUUACGCCAAUGGGAAUGACCAAGAGUCAAGAGAGUCAAGGGAGUCAAGGGAGUCAAGGGAGUCAAGAGAGCUAAGAGAGUCAAGAGGCCUUGCAGCCAAACUCCUACGAAGGGUCUCGAAGCCCCCGGCCCAGAACAGAUAA